UUGGAACCACAUUUUAUUAUGCCUACGUUAAAUACAGUGUCGGCAUGUGAGCCGACCCGCGGGGUAAUGCACCGGCCCCCUGUCAAAUAAUCGUGUGCGCCAGGGGUGGCAGGGUGGGACAAUAAUUUUGCUAUUUUCUAACGAAAAAAAAAUUAGAAAUACAGCACGCGUUUUUACUUAAAACAUCAGUUUUAUACGCGCACGCGCACGGGAUCGCACGUGCCAAAAAUAUUUUAGAAAAAUUGUUUAACACUUUCGCGAGUGAUUGUACUAUUUUUGUAGAGGAUUUUUAGUGAUGAUAGUACUUGUUUCUUAAUAAGUGUUGUUAACGUGUUUUGUUGAUCACAAUUAUGGUGAUUAGGACUAUGUGGUGAUGAGUUGUGUGGUGAUCAAUGGAGGCGAUAGAUCUUAGACAAGCUAAUAAUAGGUGAGGCGCUUUCUUAUUGGAAUCUUUUUGUCGAUAGUGGCUUUGUUGUAUUACCGUACCGUAGAUACCAUAUACUAGAAAUAAUAAGUCCCUAGAACUUCAUUCGGUAUUGCAAAAAUAAAAAUUGUGAUCUUAGUGGUUUGGAAUUAAAUAUAAGUUUUUUGAACUGAAUGCUAAAUUACAACGAUGCGGAAUAUUGUAACAGGGAUGAAAACAUGUGAAUAUUGCGAUUUGUGAGAAACUAGAGUGUACUGUGAUAAAUAAAAUACGACAAUACAUAAAUAUAAAGAAACUCUUUGAACAGUAUCUAGAACAGCUGUAGUUUUUAAAUCUUUCUAAUUAAUGUACCUAAUAGAUUACUGACAAUAACUUCGGAAAUAAUAAAUUAUUAAAUAAUAUCUUGAGUACUUACUUUACCAUUUAUUUCUAUAAAACAUUAAACAAUAUUUACUUAUAGCUAUCAACGCUAAACUAACUCCCCCAUUAUAUUGGUUUUGGGAACAAUGAACCGCUAUCGUAUUUAAUUUCCGCACGACAGUCGUGUCGUGCUGUGUGUCGGGUGAGCUGUAGUAACGAGUGCGGUGUUGUGUUGCAGAUGCGGCGGUGACGCGAUGUCAGUCGCGCCGGCGGUGAAGCGCGAGCUGGAGCUGGAGGGCGGCGGCGGCAGCCCCGGCCGCAAGCGCCGCAAGCAGGCCGCGCCCAGCCGCGCGCCGCCGCAGCCGCUGCCCGCGCCGCCGCUCGACCUGCACGCCAAGAUGGCCGACAUCUACAAGAGCGCGCUCGCCUUCGGGGAGCUGGGCCUGCCCGCCUUCGACCCGCUGGCGGCCUUCCGCCUGCUGCCACGCCACGAGCCGCCGCGCAUCUUCAACCCCGAGGCCUAUUGCGACCUGUGCUGCAAGGAGUUCUGCAACAAGUACUUUCUGAAGACCCACCGCGCUAACAAGCACGGCAUCUACGACGGCGGAGAGCCGCAGCCCGCGGCCCCUCCCCCCGCGCAGCCCUCGCCCCCGCGCCGCGCCUCCGACGAGGAGUCGGGCGGCACCCCGCGCCGCCUGUCGCCGGACUCGGCGCGGCGCGCGCGAGACGCUGGCUUCCAGCCCGACGCGCUGCGCCGCCUCGGCGUCGUCAACCCCGAGGCCUUCUGCGAGAUCUGCUGCAAGGAGUACUGCAACAAGUACUUCCUGCGCACGCACCGCGAACGCCGACACGGUGUGCCCGCGCGCCGCUCGCCCCCACACGACCACUCGCCGCCCGCCGCCACGCCCCCAGGCCUGCUGGCCACCCCGCUCGGAACCCCGCUGCCCACCCAGCUGGCCACGCCACUCGCCACCCCGCCCGCCAUGCUGGGCCCGCCACCCGACACGCCGCCGCGCUCGCACUCGCUGCCACCCCCGCUAGACCCCGAGGAGAUGGCCGAAGUCAAACGAGAAUGUGAGGACGAGCUCGAGGCGGCCCUCAGAGACGGUCAGACCAGUCCACUCAACCUGAUCGUGGAGGAGCGCGGCGCCGCGUCCCCCGGCAGCGCCAGCGAGGAGCUGCGCAAGCUGCAGACGAUGAUAUCGCAGCUGAACGAGCUGGCGGCGGAGCGGCUGGCGGAGGAGCCGGGCGAGCCGGGCCCGCGGCCGCCGUCCGCGUCGCCGCCGCCGCCCGACGAACGCCGCGCCUCCUCCUCCGGCUCCAGCUUCUGCGAGAUCUGCAACAAGGAACUGUGCAACAAGUACUUCAUGCGCACGCACAUGCAGCGCAUGCAUGGUAUCUCGCUGGAGAGCGGCACGCAGCUCGGCGGCGUCACCUGCGACAUCUGCCACAAGGAGCUGUGCAGCAAGUACUUCCUGCGCGUGCACAAGCACAACACGCACGGCAUCCCGGCGCCGCCCGCGCCCGCCGCCGCCGCACCCGCCGAGCCCUGCCCGCUGUGCGCGCGCCGCUUCCGCGGGCCGCGCGCGCUGCGGGCGCACCUGCUGGCGGAGCACGCGCCGCCCGCCCGGCCGCCGCCGCCGCCGCCGCGCCCGCUCGACCUGCUGGCGCGGGACAAGCCCUACGCCUGCUCGUACUGCCCCUUCACCACCGACGUGCUCGCGUUCCUGUUCGCGCACGAGCGCGCGCACGCGCAGCAGCAGGCGGGCGAGCCGGCGGAGGCGGCGCCCGAGCCGGCGGGCAGCGGCUGCAGCGAGCUGGAGGGCGGGUCGCUGGGCGCGGACAGCGGCGAGGGCGAGGCGGAGGACGCGCAGUACUCGUGCUCGCGCUGCGAGUUCCGUGCGGAGGGCUUCGCGGCGCUGGAGGCGCACCUGCGCGCGGCGCACGGCGGCGCGGGCGCGCUGCUGGCGGUGCCGCGGGCCCCGCAGGCGCCGCUCACCAUGCAGCCCUUCGUGGUGGAGGAGGCGGGCGGUGCGCUCAGCCUGGUGCCCGCGCUCGUGUUCCUGCCCGUGCGGCGCCGCGCCACGCGCCGCGCCACCGUCACGCUCACGCUCACGCCGGCCUAGCCGCCGACGUAGCAUACGAUCGCUGAACUGUACUAACUACAUUUAACGCUGUGUGCCUUCAAGCGAUUGCUAAUAUUAUGAGACGUAUUGUAAAGGGAGAUGCCGCCCAGGCCGCCCGCCCGAGGCGACACCGCGCGGCGGCCGCGGCCUCUUUUUUGUCAAAGUCUAACUUCAUAUAUUGAGAAUUAUAUUGAACGGGUGAUAUAUGAAACGUUGCCGCUUAUAAAUUCGAUUAUUUAUUAUUAUCUCCUCGAUGUUCCGUCGGGUCGGUCCGAGACGAGUUUAUGAAACGUCGAUUUCGAUCGGGAGAAGAAAUACACCCUAGGAGUAAUUAUUAUUUAAAGGUAUUGUAUCGGUGAGUGUGCGCUCACGAUAGCGUCGUAGUGCCGGUGCGAUGUUGAUCACUGAGGGCGCCGGCGCCGCCAGCCGGCGGGACGCGCUCGCGCCCCGCCAGC